AUGGCAGAGUUCAACCGCUCACAGGUCUUGGGAUCUGUGUUUGACACCACCAGCAGGUAUAUUAACGUACGACCAGUGGGCCUGGGUGCCUUUAGUCUUGUUUGUUCCGCUUAUGACCUGGUCAGGGGCCAAGCAGUGGCGAUCAAAAAGCUAUUGAACCCCUUUGCCACGCCAGCCAGCGCUAAGCAGACGUACCGGGAGAUUAAGCUCUUGAAACAGCUACGACAUGAGAACCUCAUCGGCUUGUGCGAUGUUUUUAUAUCUCCCCGAACAGAUGUUUACCUGGUAACCGAGCUCCUCUCAACUGACCUCGGCCGCCUCCUGGAAGCUGGACCCCUUGAACCACAAUUCGUACAGUAUUUCGCGUAUCAAAUACUGGUGAGAGUUGCUCGCGCUUCGUACCUUCAUUCUUACAAUUCUGACGAGCCUCAGCGUGGCUUAAAAUACCUACAUUCGGCCGGCGUAGUUCACCGGGAUAUCAAACCUAGCAACUUGGUCAUCGAUGAGAACUGCGACUUGAAAAUAUGUGAUUUCGGUCUCUCCAGGCCGCAAGAUCAUCGAAUGACUGGAUAUGUCUCGACACGGUAUUACCGUGCACCGGAGGUCAUGCUUACAUGGCAAAUGUACGGUGUCGAGAUGGAUAUUUGGAGCGCCGGAUGUGUCAUUGCAGAGAUGCUCAAUGGAAAGCCUUUAUUCCCCGGGCAAGACCCAAUUAACCAGUUCUACUUAAUCCUGGACGUGUUGGGAAACCCGUCUGACAAGUUUAUCUCGCGGAUUUGUACCACGAAUACAGUGGAGAUCAUCCGGUCACUGGAGCGGAGAGAGCCACGUCCCUUGCAAAGCGUUAUUCAGAAUCUAGAUGAUUAUUCCCGGAGUUUGCUCGAGAGAAUGCUCACGCUGGACCCACAAGAGAGGAUUUCCGCCGAGGAAGCCCUACAACACCCCUAUAUGAGAAUGUAUCAUGACCCGACCGAUGAGCCCAUUGCGGAACAAAAGUUCGACUGGAUGUUCAACGGCGGUGAAUUCGAUGAGGAGAUGCUAAAAGAAAUGAUGUACGCCCUUCCUCGUCUCCCCCUGAAAGCUCUUCUACUAACAAGGAAGCUGCAUUGGUGCUAUACACUCAGUGUUCACUCCUAUUUCCUGCCGUCAAGAAACUUUUGCGUCAUAAUAAAAGUGCCUACCCACAUGCACCUUGGCUCUCAAUAA